CUGCUGCAGAGUUGUCAGUAGCCAGACACAGCUCCCCCUACCCCCACUCCCACCUCCCACGCCACCUAUGACACCAAAUUCAUCAAAGUUUCAGCAAAAACUCAAUACGUCAGCUAAAUCAAGAAUCUUUGUUCAUGACAAACCUUGAUUUCUCUCUCUAAAAAACAACACUUGCAGAUGAGGUAAUUAUAGUGAUAAUCAAGAUUCAGUUUUGUUGGCAAAAGGGAGAAGAAAGAUUAAAUUUUUAUCCAUUUGAAGCUUCAAGAAAAUGGCAACUGACCCACCAAAUUUGAUUUCUUCCGACCCCACAACCCCACUUCUCCACCGGCGACUUGAAACCGGCGGCAGAGGGGGUCGUCAAUCAUCACUAGCUAUACUUCUUGGUCGGGUCACCGGAAGGCGCGGCGGAGGCGCGUCGUUGCUUGUGAGGGAGACGGCGGCGCGUGAGCUGGAUGAACGUCGAACUGAUUGGGGUUAUUCGAAGCCGGUGGUGGCGUUGGACAUGAUGUGGAAUUUGGGGUUUGUGAUUGUGUCUGUUGUGAUUUUGUCAUGUGCGGUGGAUGAGUCGCCUAAUGUUCCGAUUAGGCUUUGGAUUUGUGGGUAUGCUCUGCAGUGUGUGGUGCAUGUAGUGCUUGUGUGGUUGGAAUAUCGAAGGAGAAGUUUGCAAGGAGGAAAUGAUGUUGAGGAUGGUGAAGAGAGGAACGAGGUUUUAGGUAUUGGUAAUCAGUCAAGUGUUGCUAAACGAUGUGAAUAUGUGAAUACAAUGGGGUCACUUCUUUGGUGGAUAGUUGGCUUUUACUGGAUAGUCUCUGGUGGUGAAAUUCUUUUACAGAAUGCUCCACAUUUAUACUGGUUGGCAGUUGUAUUUCUGGCAUUCGAUGUAUUCUUUGCCAUCUUUUGUGUUGCUUUGGCAUGUCUGAUAGGAGUUGCUCUUUGUUGCUGCUUGCCUUGCAUAAUUGCAGUACUCUAUGCAGUGGGUCAGGAAGGUGCAUCAGAGGAAGAUCUCAGAGUUCUCCCCAAGUAUAGAUUCCAUUUCUGCAAGGAUGAGGGGAAACCAAGUGUAGGAGCUGGUAGGAUGGUACCAAUUGAGACAAGCAGCGGAUACCUGGCCACUGAGCGUAUUCUUUUACCUGAGGAUGCAGAAUGUUGUAUAUGUCUUACCUCAUACGAGGAUGGAGCAGAACUCCAUGCUCUCCCCUGUAAUCAUCAUUUCCACUCCACCUGCAUCGUGAAAUGGCUUAAGAUGAACGCGACAUGUCCACUAUGCAAGUACAACAUUCUGAAGGGGAAUGAACAAGUAUAGAGCAGAGGAGAAUGAAAAACAAUGCAUCAUUGUUUCGGGUUAUUUAAGCCACUUACGGAAGCUUGAAACACUGCUUGACGAAUCCAUAUCAGAACAGAAAUCUUCUUUCCAACUAGUUGAGCUUCCUCUCAUGUUCACUUAGCGUAUUGAGAUCUUUUCUGUAGUGAAUUGUCUUCUGUUAUUGAAAAAUGUAGCACCGCCCGAAAAAUUAAAAACGAAGAAGGGUUGGUCUGUGGCCCAGCUCAUGUAAAUUAUCUUUGGUUCCAUUGCUUUCCAGUAGGUAUACAGGAUCCAACUCUUGUAAGUAUAUGAUAUUUUCUUGUGUGGUUUCAUCUCCA